AUGAAUUAUAUCAAGAUACUCCUAUUUCUUUUUUCUGCCAGCUUACUCCAAGAUCUGAGCAACGCCAAUAAACCUAAUAAGCCAUGGCAACCCAACACAAGAAGGAUGAACAGCUCACCAGAUGGCCAAAAUUGCAUCUGCUUCCCAGACGGUGACAUACCAAUAGUCCAACAAUUGCUGGAUCCCAACGACAAUGGUCUGCAACGUAUAGUCAUAUACCUAUACAUAAACGACAAGACCAACGAAAUCAAAAUGUACACACCAAGUGCUGAAAAACAAAUGCUUAUACCAGAUUUGAUUUACGAACCCACUGAUGGAUUGGUCAAUAUAACACCUGAUAAUAUUUACUCACUAAUAAACGGGAGUCCUUCUAAGAUAAAAGUGUAUAACAAUCGUUAUGAAGCUCUGGAUCCUCAGUUAUCUCAUUCUUUACCUAUUGGACUAAAUGUGGGAGCUAUAGAACAUGUAUUACGGCCAAUCACUGAUGAUAUCUAUUUAAAUCCACUGAACAACAAUAAUGGGAAUGAAUACGCACUUGAUGGUAGUGUCCCCAUAUCUAAUGCACAACUUACAGCACAUCCUAAUUACCCACAAGAUGGUGUAAAUGUGUACCCUGAAAACACGAACAUAUACUUCCCAACGGAAGACAAUACUUACAGUCCAGAAUCCACGCAACACUGGAUAUCUGAUAGUACGAACUAUCCAAAUGGACAAGGUCAGGCUUUACCAGAACAAUCUUCGUCAGGCUAUGCGCAGGCUGUUGUAAGCCCUUCUCCAGGAUAUCCACAGGCUUACCCAACAAAUUCUCAAGGUUUACCCGAAAAUACUCAGCUGAUAACAGGUUACGCGCAGGCUUACCUAACAAAUUCUGAAAAUAUCCCGGAAAAUAUUCAGAUUUCAAUAAAUAAACCUGUGGCUUAUCCUACGAAUUCUCAGGGUUACCCUGAAGGCGCUCAGUCCUUGACCGGUUAUGCUCAGGCCUAUCUGACAAAUCCUGAGAAUACUCCGGAUAAUAUUCAGUCUUCGAUUAUCAACCUGCAGGCUUAUCCAAGCAUUUCCCAGGAUACUCCGGGCGAUAAUGUUCAGUAUUCAACAGUUUACCUUCAAGCUUCUCCAGGAAUUUCUCAAGGUAUACUUGAAAAUAUUCAAUCUUUACCAGGUUCUCACCAAGUCUAUCCUAGUAAUUCUCAGGAUAUCCUGGAAAGUAUUCAAUCCUCCACUGGUCAACUUCAGGCUAUCCCAGGCAUUUUAGAGAAACCAGGUCAAUGGGAUUUACAACCUCUUUCAGAAACACUUGAGGCUAAGCCUCUUAAUGGAGAUCUAGAUCAGUAUGUUGUGUACACACUCCAGAAAAGUCGAGAUCAGAAAUCACCUCAAGGUUUAAAGGAAUUAAAAAAACCUAAUUAUUACGUGACCUUCGAGGUAUGGUUUAAUCAACAAAUGAAGAGAUUUCAUUACAUAAAUUUACCAAACGAUAUACAAUCUGUCGACGGUAAAUUUCUCAGACAGUUGGUACUGAAGACAUUCUCAGAUAACAAGAUUUUUAUCAAUGAAGACGGCAUUAUAACAGACUCUAAAGGAACACUCAUAGACGCGAGUAACUUGGAGCUCCGGCCGUUGUUGAUAGGAGAAAAAAUUGAUCAACGAAUAUUAGAAAAGUAUCAAAAACCUAUUAUUCUUCCGAAAGAUUUGCCUUAUUUAGAGGGUAUACUAGUCGCGUUUAUAUAUCCGCCACGAAUUUUAGGCAUUAUCCCUUUAGGAAAAACUUAUUUGCUCGAAAAGUCUCACGAUUCGCCACUAAUGUCUGGACUGAGCAUAAACAGCUAUGGAAAUAAAAACCCAGUCUCUAAUUUGGCUUCUUCAAAACCUUAUUCUUUAAUUGUUAAAGCAUCAUACACAGUACCAAUGAGAAAGGAUACAAAUUCAGUGGAUUACAAUACAUAUGUUGUUGGAAAAGAUCAACCAAUUCCUCUUAACUUACGUGCGGCAGUUUCCAGCAAGGCUUUGGCAACAGCGCAACCAACUAUCCUCAUCGAAGGCCCAGGAGUCCAAACACCACCGUCAAUACGCAGAACUCACUCGCAGAAUACAGGUCUUAUUAAAACACAUACGGAGUUAAAGAACGAUCUAGACAUAAAUAUACCUGAGUCAUUAGCAAAUGCAAAUGCAACGGAGUCGGGAAGAAGGUUUCCUUCACUCUCACUACAGGAUGUUAUGAAGUCAUUACUUAAUCUCAUUGAUAUCCUACCCAGUAGGAGGGAUUUGAAUGAUUCGUCAGAAGAAACUGAUAGUGCAGAAGAUACUGAAAGUGGAGAUGAGAGAGAAGGUCCGAAAUUCAGAAUUAUUGGAGGUACUGCCGCUACAGGCAGCGGAUCUCCGGUCAGUAAUAAAGGAAGAAGUGGAUAUACGGAAAGUAUUUAG